GGGCUCCCUGUGACUUCCCCUCUGUCCCUGCACAGGCUGCUACCUGCCCAGCAAUCCCGAGGCCAUCGUGCUGGAUAUCGACUACAAGUCUGGGACCCCCAUGCAGAGUGCUGCAAAAGCCCCGUAUCUGGCUAAGUUUAAGGUGAAACGAUGCGGCGUUAGUGAACUCGAAAAAGAAGGUCUUCGAUGCCGCUCAGACUCUGAGGACGAGUGUGCCACACAGGAGGCUGAUGGCCAAAAGAUCUCGUGGCAGGCAGCCAUCUUCAAAGUGGGAGACGACUGCCGACAGGACAUGCUGGCCCUGCAGAUUAUUGACCUUUUCAAGAACAUCUUCCAGCUGGUUGGCCUGGACCUCUUUGUCUUCCCCUACCGGGUAGUGGCCACUGCCCCCGGGUGCGGAGUGAUUGAGUGCAUCCCCGACUGUACCUCUCGGGACCAGCUGGGUCGCCAGACGGACUUCGGCAUGUAUGACUACUUCACACGCCAGUACGGGGAUGAGUCCACCCUGGCCUUCCAGCAGGCGCGCUACAACUUUAUCCGGAGCAUGGCUGCCUACAGCCUCCUGCUAUUCCUGCUGCAGAUCAAGGACAGGCACAACGGCAACAUCAUGCUGGACAAGAAGGGCCACAUCAUCCACAUCGACUUUGGCUUCAUGUUUGAAAGCUCACCGGGAGGCAACCUCGGCUGGGAACCGGACAUCAAGCUGACCGAUGAGAUGGUGAUGAUCAUGGGGGGCAAGAUGGAGGCCACGCCCUUCAAGUGGUUCAUGGAGAUGUGUGUCCGUGGCUACCUGGCCGUGCGGCCCUACAUGGAUGCAGUCGUCUCUCUGGUCACUCUCAUGUUGGACACGGGCCUGCCCUGCUUCCGUGGCCAGACAAUCAAGCUCUUAAAGCACAGGUUCAGCCCCAACAUGACGGAGAGGGAGGCUGCGAACUUCAUCAUGAAGGUCAUUCAGAGCUGCUUCCUCAGUAACAGGAGCCGGACCUACGACAUGAUCCAGUACUAUCAGAACGACAUCCCCUACUGAGGGUGGGGCCGGACCAGCUAUUGUGGCCGCCCCCCAAGCCGCCCUGCAAUCAUGGAGCUGAGCGAGCACGUUCCCCCGCCCCGCCCCCAGCUGCUGUGCGUGGUCAAAGGGGGUGACUGCUGGUGGCCCGUCAUUCCAUCCAUUGUAAUUAUUUUUAUAGGACAAAUAGGACAAAAGUCCACCAUGCAGAGCCUGGCAAUCCACUCCUUCCUAGUGUGACCCACAUGUGACAUGUGAGGCUGAGAUGACAAUCCUCUGACGACACUCUCUGCAUGGGUGUGAAUAAUUCGUUUGCACUGGACACAUUCCCAACACAUUCCCUAGGUACAUGAAGUAUUUUCUUGUGUAUAAAAAAAUUAUAUUCAACUUAAGAUUUAACCAAUGUGAACAAAAUAAAAACCAACAAAAGUG